AUGACCGUCACGGAGUGGUCUGUCUGGUUCUACGUGUUCGCCCUCCUUGUUUGGGCGGCGCUGAGAUUGAAGAGGAUUGGCAGCCGUGAACCAGGACUUCCUCCAGGACCUCCGACUGUGCCUCUGCUAGGAAACUUGAAUGUCUUCCCAACAGAAUAUGCGCACUACAAAGCUUACGGCGAUAUUUACUCACUCAAGGUCGGACCUGAUACGGCGAUCGUUAUCACAAGUGCGGUAGCGGUGAAAGAGCUAAUAGACAAGCGAAGUGCUUCCACCACAGAUAGGCCACCACACUACAUGGCUGACGUCGUCGCCGGUGGCGUGAAUAUGGUGUUGGCAAGAUACUCGGACGUGUGGAGAGUGCUUCGCAAGAACGCCCACACGAUGUUAACUCCCAAAGCUUCACUCGAGCUCCUUCCCAUCCAGAGGGCGGAGGCUACUCAGCUCAUGUAUGAUAUAUUGCAAGCGCCUGAUGUUCCCUUCUACAUCCGUGUUCGCCGAUAUUCCAGUUUUGUCAUACUCUCCAUAACCUAUGGAAAACGAUGCUCGCGCUACGAGUCUCCUGAGCAUUUAUGGGAACUCGUGCUGGAACCCGGAGCGCAUCCUCCUGUAGAUCUCUUGCCUUUCUUAAGGCACCUUCCGGGAGCAUGGAAAGACCUUUGCAAGGAAGCUAGACAACUGCAGCGCAACUUGUAUUUUGGUUUACUCGAUGAGUGUCAGGCAAGGUUGCAGAAUGGCCAGGCAAACGGGUGCUUUAUGGAAAAGGUUUUGCAGAAUCAAGAACUUGGCUUGAACCGUGAGUUGGCAGGGUACCUUGGAGGCGUUCUCAUUGAAGGCGGUUCGGACACGACAUCUUCACUCCUGCAGUCCUUGAUCCUGGCUCUUAUGGCAUUCCUUGAAGCCCAAAGAAAGGCUCAAGAAGAGAUGGAUAAUGUUGUCGUCGAUCAAAGGUUGCCAACGUUGGAUGAUUUUGCCGAUCUACCUUACAUACAGGCUGUUGUCAAGAAGAACCAUCGAUUCAGACCAGUCGCUCCCGUUGCUAUUCCUCAUGGUACGUUGGCAACCGAAGAGUAUCGUGGAUAUAUGAUACCAAAAAGCGCAAUGAUAUUUGUGAAUGCAUUACGGGGAAUAUUCCAUGACUCAGACGUGUACGAUGAACCCGAGACCUUCAAUCCAGACAGUCACUUUUAUUCAGCUCUUGCGCUUGGAAGUGGCAGAAUGCUCAACACCAUGAACCUUAUCCGGGGCUUCCAGUUUUCUCCUGCGACAGAUUCUGUGACCGACGCGAUCGUUCUGGUGGACAUCACUGAUUACGAAAAGGGAAUUCUCACCGCGCCUCGACCGUUCCAAUGUCGAAUCACUCCACGAAGUGACUGCAAGAUCAAGCUAAUCAAGAGAGCGUUUCUCAAUGCUGAGGAUGUAUUCGCCAAAUUCGAGAGUAGAAUAACAGCAGAAGAUAAGGAGUACGUAAAGAGAUACGUGUCGCGCGUCAUGUAA